AGAAUACCUCGUAAACGUUAAUUACAGUAAACCAUAAGAUAUUCAUCUUGGAAGUGACUGAAAACGACGUUAUGGGUUUGUUCUUACUUCUAACAGGGUUUCUUAUCGCCAUUACUUCGCCAGUAAGUCAAUUUUAACUUCACUUAACUUUGCGAAAUAGAUUCGUUGAUUACUUAAGGAACUAGACAAAGAACAACCGGUUCAUUAUACGUAACCAGAACUGCAGAAUCAGAGCAGUCACUGAGAUAACGACAGAAAGCUAAAUAAGGUUUACUACACGGAAAUUUGUUUCUGCUGGAAAGUAUACCAACGCAAACCAUUGACUUUGGAUUUACGUUCGGUUAAUUGCAAUUGUAAAGAAAACAAGGUGAAAUUAUCGUGCAACAAGGUGGACAUUUUUGUGUCUAUGAUUCUAACGAAAAUGUGAGUGCAGUGAGAAGCACAUAUUUUAAUAACUGCAUGGUUACCCUGUAUCAAGGAAACCCAAGCCUCGGUAGAACCAAACGUUUCUUUCCAUGUAUAUACUUUAAAACGAAUCAAUAUUAAGCGGACACCUCUUUUUUGUACAUUUUAAGACUAAGAAAGGCUUCCGUCAUUGCCUUUCCCUCUGUGAUCGCUGCAGACAUGAAUAUUGGAAUUUAUCAGCUGGAAAGCUGGGCGGUAAUACACCAAGGCUGGGAACUUUGUUUUCCUCUUUUUGCAGGCGAAUGUGGAAGCAGAUCAGUCGGUUUGCAUGCCGAUGUGUCCUACUAAAGGUUGCAGAAGUGAGGUACGAUAUCGGCAGAACUUGGUAACCUUAAAACCUGUUAGCAGUUGUUUUGCAUUUGUAGCUGCGCGAUAACUGGAAAAUUUUUGAUGAUGCAUAUUUCAUAUUUAUUCUCUAUUGAUAAACAGGCUAUGGACAAAAAAAAUGCAUACCGUAUUACUGAACACCGCUGGUAGAAGCACAGUUACCAAUAAACACCGCCCUCGAAUAAUGAUAACCGUCUCACCCUAUCAGAUGAGUGCGGCGUUUAUUCGAGAAUUACCAGAGGAAACUCCGCACAACUUAUUCGCAAUCUACACCAUCCAGACAAUAACGUUUCUAUCUCAGCAAAAGAAGCGAGACAUUACAUCUUAAACAGCUUUCUUUUUUACAUUUAAUAACACUAGCCUGAGAAAAGACCCGACAUUUGGCGACACUACUACUGGUUUCCCCGCCAAAUGACGUCUGAGAAACGAGUGCAGAAAUUCCAUACUGAUGACGCGUUACUAGCCAGAUCUGGGUAGUGCUUCUGAUUGGUCGUGCCUCGUGCGAAAUUUGAUUCAACCAAUCAGAAGCACUUCCCAGAUCUGGGUAAUGAUGCGUCAUCAGAAUGAAAUUUCUGCCAUCGUUUCUCAAACGUCAUUUGGCGGGGAAACUUGUGGUAGCGUCGCCAAAUCAGUGUCGGCUGUUUUCUCACGCUAACAUAAUAUGCUAACAAAUAAUUUAUCAUAAUAGAGAAGAAAAGUGUGACGUCAGGUUACCAUGGUAGCGGAAUUUUUGGAUCUCACCAAUCCUUUUUUUAUUGAGAUGGCCAUUUGCGAUGUCAAACGAUUGAGGAAAAGAAUGGACUACUGUUUUGUUCCUGAGUGCAAUCAUGCACAGGAAAGUCAAACAUGUCAAUUUUUUAUUAUUAUUUCUGCUAUACUUACAGGACCACGGUUUGUUGAGAUCCAGAAAUUUUGCUACCAUGGCAACGUUAGUUAACGACUUCUCCUCUCUAUUUUUGUCAGAGGUUUCAAAAAUGUGAUUUUAAAAUAAACACUACCCCUGAAAAAACAAAGCAUCGGAAACGCUAAAAAUUUAAACUAAACGCCGCGGCAACUGUAUGGUGAUUGCUCUUUCACUUUAAUGUCCAAACAUCGGUAAAUUAUUUUUUUUUGAUUUGCUAAUACUAGGAAGCAACUAAAAGUUUCCAUAUGACUCCCUUAUGGCUGGAGGCACACGCGUCAUACAUCAACAGUGAUCGUUCCGCAUCCGCUUCACAAAUCACCUUCAACGCGGGCUCAACUGCUUACGCAGCUCUUCUAAAGAUUCCAUUGAUCGCUGCUGGUGUGUUAACAGAUGCAACGCCGCUGACUGUAGAGAUCACAGUCGCUAACGACGUCAGCAUUGGAACCUCGCAUGACAGUGACAUCAGCUAUGGCGUGUCCGACGGAAGUAAGUUUGUCGGAUGGCAAACUGUUGAUAAAGGAAAUUCCGGAACACAUUCUCCCUGUUAUGGCAUGGAGGGUGCGUCGGGACUGACUCUAAGCUCAAGGCGUUUUGACCCUCAAACCCCUAAACCAAGCGAUUCCUUUUACCCUGGCCAGUUUGUCUUUACAUUCAGGUUGGACGAGCGCUGGGGCUCCUGCUACACUGCGCAUGACGCUGGCUUCGUAAGGACCGCUGGCUACAAUAACCGGCUUGUCCUCAGCAAAGGACUCUUUCUGGAAGUUUAUAAAGGAGACAAAGGAGAGAAAGUUGGCAUCAAGUUCAUUAAAGUCUCUAUCACGAAAGAUUCUUAAAUCGGAAAUUUAAGAAUGGAAUUGUAAAGAAGGCUUGAAAUGUCACUGUUAAGAAUCCCAUUAGCUAGCGCUCAAAGCAAUUGAAAAAGAUCUGCUUAAAUAAAAAGAUCUUGCUUUUAGAUCCAGU